AUGCUAAUUCUUCUAUUUCUGGAGCAAUUCACAUGGAUCCGAUCCAUGUAUCCAGAUGACUCUGUUAUUGACGAUGUUACGAAGAUCUUGGCUACUGGCCCAUACUAUAAUAAGAAUGCCUAUCCGAACCAGCAUUUAGAUAGGCCGACAGUCGUUUAUAUCCAAAUGUACAUAGAGGGAAUGUCAUCUUUUCGAGCUCAAACUAUGGAUUUUCAAGUAGAUAUCUAUUUUCAACAGAAAUGGGAAGAUAACCGAUUGCGUCAUAACAACACAAAGAGAAUCUUAGUUAAGGAUCCCAAGUUAUUCAAUUUACUUUGGCAUCCAGAUAUCUACUUUGCCAAUGCACGUACAGCAAGCUUCCAUGAUAUUACCAUGCCCAACUUUCUCGUUUGGAUCUAUCCGAAUGGCACUGUAUGGUAUGACUGUAGGAUUUCACUAACUGUCUUAUGUAUGCAGAACCUAGCCCGUUAUCCAUUAGAUUCACAAAACUGUGGAUUACGAAUACUUAGCUAUGCUUAUGAUAUAGAGCAACUUCAAAUUCAAUGGAAUGGCAUAUCACCUGUUGAAGUUAACGAAGAAAUUCGAAUGCCUGACAUGAGACUUCGAAAUAUAUCCUUUCUCAUUCGCAACGAUACGUAUGCCACGGGAAUAUGGUCAUGCGCAUGGGCAGAGUUCAGUGUUGAUAGGGAAAUUAUGCAUCAUAUCAUUCAGUCAUACGUCCCUACGGCGUUAAUAGUGGUGAUCUCAUGGUUUAGUUUCUGGUUAGAUGUAGAAGCGGUACCGGGUCGAAUUUCUUUGUCGAUAACCACAUUGCUCACUUUGGCUACUCAGAGCAGUGCUGCCAGGAUGGCUCUUCCUCAGGCUUCGUAUGUGAAAGCCAUAGACGUAUGGAUGGGAGCAUGUAUGACAUUCGUGUUUUCAGCGAUGAUUGAGUUCACUGUUGUAAACUACUGUACUCGUCGAAAACAGAAAAACAAAGAUAAGCCAGUCAAGGGGUUGGCGGAACAGGUGCAAGACUUGGUCGCGCAUUAUAAGGAGAAAAACGCGAACAAUGGUUCUUGUUACGAAGUGUCUCUUACUUCAAACAAUGCCAAUACGGAAGCUUGCCUAGAGAAGAAACAGUUGAGAGAUUAUAAUAAUCAGCAGCAACCUUUCUACUUCCGCCGCAACCUUCUCACGAGCACGAAACGAAAAGCUUUGGAGGAAAGGAUAAAUCGUGUGGAAGAGAAUCGCAAGUUUGCUCAACUCAUAGAUAGGAAGAGUCGUUUGUACUUCCCCUUAGCCUUUAUCACUUUCAAUGUCAUUUACUGGAUUUACUAUCUACGCUAUGCUGAAGAACAACUGGGAUGA